AUGGAGGCAGGUUCUCCCAAAACCUAUCUGUCAGAGAAGAAGAGCGACCUGAGGGUCUGCGAUGACUCCACCUGUCGAUUCGGAGGCGUCUGCAGAGAUGACGGCGCUCAGCUCAAAUGCGUCUGCCAGUUCCAGUGCCACAAAAACUACAUCCCCGUGUGCGGCUCGAACGGAGACACCUACCAGAAUGAGUGCUACAGGCGCCAGGCAUCCUGCAAACAGCAGAGGCUCAUCUCCCGCGUCUCCGACGGCCCCUGCUCCGCCGAUCCUGGAUCGGGUUCAGGAGACGGAGACGAUGAUGAGGGCUCAGGCUCUGAAGUUGGGAAGAAGUUCACCAAAUGCAGCACGUGUAAAUAUGGAGCGGAGUGCGAUGAAGACUCGGAGGACGUCUGGUGCAUCUGUAACAUUGACUGCGGCGGUCACAACGAAAACCCGGUGUGUGCUACCGAUGGAAACUCCUACAACAACCCCUGUCUGGUCCGAGAGGCGUCGUGCAUGAAGCAGGAGCAGAUCGACGUCAAACACCUGGGCAGGUGCCCUGCUGACAAAGAGAAAGUGGGGAAGAAAGACGACAACAGUCCUUUCAAAGUAAACAUCUUAGAAACCACAGGUCUGGACCACGGCGACGGGUUCUAUGCCGGGAUGCCCAUCCCCUGCGCUGACAGCUACGCCGGCUUCUGUGUUCACGGGAAGUGUGAGAUCAAAUACAACAUGGCCACCUGCAGGUGUGACGCAGGCUACAAAGGCCCUCAGUGUGAGGAGCCGCAGGACUUCAACAUCCUCUACGUGGUUCCCAGCGGACAGAAGCUGCACUAUGUCCUCAUCGCCGCCAUCAUUGGCGCCGUGCAGAUCGCCAUCAUUGUUGCCGUGGUGAUGUGCAUCACAAGGAAAUGUCCAAAAAACAACAGGGGUCGCCGGCAAAAACAAAACCUGGGACACUUUUCCUCGGACACUAAUUCCAGGAUGGUAUAGCCGGGUUUGCUGGAGAUUCCUUUUGAUAAGUUUUUUCUUACGCCGUGGGAAGACCAUUUUUAACGGUAGAUGAGUGGUGGGAAACCAUGAAACGAAGAAUGAGUAUUUAUUUAAGAGGCCUUAGUUUCUCUCCUUUUUGUUUCAGAUGGAAUUGUUGCGCAUUAACUUGCGCAAUCAUGGUUUUCUUUUUCUUUUCUUUUUUUUUCUUUUUUUUUUUUUUGGGCUGCCAGAUCCAGUUCAAGGACCUGCAUCAGCAAAAGCCGCCGUCACCGCUGUCUUAGUUACUUUUAGCAGCUUCGUUCCGGGUUGUGUUGAAGGCUUCAUGAAUUCGGUACCUUUGUUAAACUGGCCAGCGUCUGCCCCUCUGGGAUGCAUUUGACUUUCCACUAUGAUGUGCAGCUGAUCACCAAAUGCAGUUUGCUUUUGUUUUUGUUUGUGUCGUUCGUUGCAGGAGGUGAGAGGGGCCCGGCCAGUGGUACACAUGUUUACACAUAUUCUUUGGUAUGAAGUUCCAUGUAAAGACUUCACUGUGUCAAAACAAGCUAAUAAUUUAUUAUUAUUUUCUUCUAAGUAGUUUUUAUUUGAGCGUUUAUUUUCUGAAUUCUACUUCCUGUGUAUUUGCAUGUCUUGUGAAAACUGUGUACUGUGGUCUAGUUUUAACUUUCUAAACGGAAAAGCUGACGCGUCCAUCCCAGUGCCGCCACAGACUGAUGGCGGCACGGUUUCAGAAAGUUGGACAGUUGAACGGACAGUGUGGGGGAGGGGGUGUAUUCAGUGUUAACGACAGGAAUGUGUAAUGUCUGAAAAGCUGCUGCUUCUAUCCGCACCAGGAAAAACUAACAAGAUGGUGUGAACGCCACAAACCACUUUUGAUUUGAUGAGGAACAGAUUCAGGAUGAUUGUGGGGCGCAGAGGCGGGAAUGUUUUUGUAUCUCUGUCCAUAUAUUUGAAUUCUGAGGACUGUAACAUGACUAAGUACAAAUCAAGGUCCGUUCUAAUUGAUGCGAUUUCUGUAAAUGGGAGAAGUCUGGUUGCCGAGUUGCCUAUGAGCAAAGCUUCUUUUUGAAUGCAAGGACAAGAUUUUCUUAUUUUUUGAUUUACCUUCUACAUUCCAGAGAAACCCAAAAUCAUCCUCCGAGGAAUAUUUUAUGCAUACAUUACAGUACAGAAGUCACUUUCGGGCCCCAUUUCUUCCUGAUGUGAUCAGAACCGUCACUUUACAUAAUAUUAGAAAGUUUUAGCGUUGAGCCGGGAAGACGAGCCACACGGCGCCUGUGAGUGUGCACUUCCUGUUAUGCGUAUUUGUGUGUUUUAUAUCAAAGUCCCAUCAUUUCCUUUCAGUUUGAACCGGGUUGUCUCGAACCUGUGCAAGUGCACGUUUCUGAUUUUCACACUUAAUAAUUAAUAGAAUGAAUUUUAAUUAGUUUUUCAACAAACCAGUCAGAACAGCCAGUCAUGAAACAAACCUUCUAUUGGCGUCCACCUGUAACAGCUGUAACCAAGAAGUGACUUGUGUUAAUUCUGUUUAAACGAAUUCCCUGCACAUGAUGCUGUAAGCUCUGUGUUUGUGAUGUUCAGCUCAGAGAAAGCCGUUCUUCUUCACUUAGUGUUGGUACAGGAGUUGUCAGGUGUCUUCUGCAAACUGCCAGUUACACAGUAACACAACUACAUGUACUUGAACAGUGACUAAAAUCUGAUGUCAUUCAUUUGCGUUUGUUACAGUGAGUUAAACAUUCCUGAAUUUGAACAAGAAACGGUCUGAAGGUUCUGAAGUGAGGUGAACACGGGCAAACAGGAUUCCCUGGAUCAGGACCCAGUGAAUUACACAUUGACUCUACAGCUGUUCACUCCACAUCUCUGUCUAGGAUGUAACUGAGGCUGAAAAAAGACACUUCACUGUGUGAAACUGAUGCUGAUGCAGCUGAGAGGUGGUGAAUAAUACUGCGUACACUUGUCUGCACAGGAGGUGUUUCAGCCAGGGUUUCCAGUCAUCUGUCUCGUCAACAUCUGACAGGAUGCCAUUUUAAUCAAUACAGCUGUCUAGACAAGCCCGUAAUGGUUUAUGGUAAGGGCAUAUCUUUAUGCUUCAGAUUUGAAGUGUACCUGGCAGGCAGUUGUGUUUUGGGCCAAAAUGUGAGUGACCUGCACUCAACACUGUGCCUGAAUGCAUCCUGUGCAUCUGUGCAGCUCUGAUCCAGCUGCUCGUACUACACCUGUGGACAAGGUGUAAUGGACCGGUCACACCAGCAUUCAUAAUAACUACGACAAUGUGGACCGAAAUCAGUUCACGGAGUGGAAUCACCACGUGUUGAAUCCACAUGUAGCUUUUAUGUACAGUAGAGUUUAGCUUUGACAUGUUUGCCUCAUCUUGGCAUUACAUUCACCCAAAGUGACACCUUCACAAUGUCUUUGUCCCCGCUUCUGUCCAAACCUCCACAAAUUUUAGUUUUUUAAAUUAAAACAAAGCAGCAAAUCCUGAGCGGUUUGGCAUUUUUACAUGAAAAAUGAUCUUUUAAUUUUCUGUCCAUCGACUAAUCAAUUAAUCAAUGUAUUAUUUUAGCUGUAGUGGAAACAUUUGUAAAUUACCUGAAGUUGUUGAACUAAGUGUAGUGCGGUAAAAAGUACAGUACUUCCGCCUGAAAGCAGUAGUAUAACAUAGCACGAAGAGAAAAUGGUCAGAUCACUGUAGCUCACUGAACAGUUUCCAGCAGUAGAGGAAAUGUGUAAUUGAGCUGCAGGGGAAGGUCCUGAUCCAGCAGCGAGGAGCGACAGGUUUCACGGUCUCGUUGCUUUUCCCUUGUGCUUCUGUCUGCCUGAGCUGGACUGGAGGCCACGCCGAGCUUCAGCAUGUCGGUGCGGGGAGGUUUGUCUUCUCUGCGUUCUGUAAUUCUUAUUCUCUGCCACCACAGUUUUUCUGUAACGUCUUAGUCUACAUCUUCAGGUCGUAGGUCAGCGUCCCCAGCCCUCCUCCGCUGAGCAGCGUGUUUCUACUUGUUGUCGACCAUCGCAGCCGUGACUUCUCUAAAUGUGACUAGAAUGUGUUUGACAUGUUAAUAUUCUGCAUGUAGACUGUGAGAGGCUGUUUUUGGUCUCUGCUAAAAUAAAUGAGGAAAUGUUUUUUAAUGUA